GAGGUGCUCGCGGGUGCAUGCGCUUGUGCGUGUGUGUGUGUGAGUGUUCGUCGUUCAUCGUCACAUCUCCGCAGCAUCACUCUCUCGCACACUGCCGCGGCAUACAAUCGAAACGGAUAACGUCGGACAACGGGCGAAUCGCGUACGAUCGUUGUACACUCCGAGCCGUUUGGUUGAUGAACAAAAAAAUUAAAAACGUACCUACGACGACGACAGAACAAACGGUGUCGUCGAGCGGUUGCCGUCGAUAUUUGAAGGCAAAACAUUAUUAUCAACGGCGGUCUUUGUUGUUUUUGUCAUCCGCAUUUUCGCGCGUUUGACAAGGUAAGUGGCGCAGCUGGUCGUCGUCCGUCGACCGUCACGUCCGCACGGUGAGAUAACGAACGAUAUCGUGACACUGUUGACGCCGCGUCGAAUCGGCGCAGAGACUUCCGGCCCGUUCCGCGGUUCCGCAGUUCCGUUUCUCGCGGUGAUGACUCCUACGUCUGUCCGACUCCGCGGUGCCAUGACUUAGACCCGCGCGACGUCCGUUAAAGUCUCCGGUCGUCGUUACGGCCGCGACGACGACGGGCCGAAACAUGAUCACAUGGCCCAGUAUGAGUUCCUGCCGCUGUGCGACGUGCUGUUCAACAUCAUCUCUUUGGCCGCGUACUUCUGCGACAUCGUGUUCGACGUGGUCAUGGGCUACGCGCUCUACUCGCAUGGCCGCUACGUGCCGUUCGUGCUGACCAUGUUGUUCGUCGGCGCGUCUGCCACCGUCGAGCAGACCAUGUCGCUGCGCUGGUACCUGGCCGCGCGAACCGUCGGCGACAAGUCAACGCUUGCCGACCGGCUGAAACGGUCGGCCGUGCAAGCGUUGCACUUCGUCCAGCUGGGCGUCCUGUGGAGGUACUUCAAGCUGUUCCUGCCCGUCGACUUGCGAUACGUCAAGUUCGAGGUGCGCGACCUAUGCAUGCUGCGCCUGUUGCACGCGUUCUGCGAGUCGAUGCCGCUGCUACUGUUGCAGUCCUACCUGCUGUGGACAGACGGAGGCGGUGAUCGCAAACACCUGCGCGACCUCAACAAAGUAGCCGUCACGCUGUCCACCGUCAGCGUGUGCUGGGCCCUGGCGUCGUUUGGCAAGAACGUACGCAUGCAGAAUGUCCACAGGCUAGUCCUCACGUGGCUCGGAGUCAUAUUUCAGUUCCUGUGGCGUUUGGGUACCGUCGGGGCCAGAGUCAUUUCGUUGACCGCCUAUGCCGCUAUGUAUAAAUAUUGGGUGCUGUUGGUACUCGGUUUACAUUGGUUGUCUAUGCUGUUGUGGUUACACUCGCCUAAAAAUGUGUUUCACGGUGAACGGAUGUCUCCUAAGCGUAAAGCUUUUUUGUUCGCACUAUUAGCUUUUGUAUUCACGUUUGAAUACGUUAACCUACUAGAGAACAACCAUAGAGAAAAAAUGCUAAUGUUUUAUGUGGUGAUGGCGUUAGAAAACGCUCUUCUCAUGUUUGUAUGGAGCAUUGGCAGUGGUGAUGCAGUCAAACCAUUUAUUGUUCUUGGGCUGUUCUGUUGUGGUCUUGUAUUCAUGGCAAUUUAUUAUCAGUUUUUUCAUGUAAGAAGAUUAAAAUAUGAAUCUGGAGGCAGACUGAGCAAUGCUACUAAUAGUAAUAACUCAACAGCAAAGUUAGCAUUAGAAGCCAAGUAUAAAGAUCAGAUAAAUGUGCCUAAUGGCAAGAAUGAUCUUAUGAGAAGGCACAGUUUCAGUAGUGUUUAUGAGAACAUACCACCAGGUGGUUACCACAAUCAAACUAUUGGUAAUGAACCACCUCCAACCUUACAAAGAAAUCAGAGGUAUUUCAGUGCAUUGCCAGCAAGUGUACAUAAUGGUAUUCCGGGCGUUUUUAAUUGUCGUUUCACUAACCCAUAUGUGGCAGCUAUGCAAAAGCGUAAGAAAAAAAAACCAACUACUUUUGUACCACCACCAUCUGGUACAAGUGGUCGAGAUAGUGUUGCAUUUUGGUGCAAACCACCACCAUCCAACCAUAGCCAACAGGGUUCCAGUGAAAACGAGAGUGCCAGCUCUCAUGUAGAUAUUCGGCAGAAAUUACAAGAAAAAAGACAAAACCAACUUGCUGAACUCCGAGCUAUUGAAGAGGAAAUUAGGCAAGGCAAGUUAAAGGACCCAACAGAAAAUGGAGAAGUACUUUUGUCUCCUCAGGAUUACCUGCAACAACAAAAUUGGAUUGCUCCACCUUAUAGCGCUCAAGAUAACAAUACUCAACCAAAUGACCAAGUUUUCACAUUGAUGUACAAAUCGUACAAGUCGCCAUCAGAUUUAGACUCACAGAUAUCACUACCGCGUUCAUACACACUGCCUAGAGAGUUUAAAUUCUACAGAAAAGUAAGGCCAAGAAAAACUAUACGCUCUGAUCAUUUUGUUGCAUCCACAAAUUCAAGUGAUGGAGAUGUGGACUCUGGUGAUGAUGAGUCAGAUACCUCGCAGCCAAAAUUAUCACCCAGACCCUUGCGACUACCUGGUCGCAAUGCUCUCACCACUCGACAUGAAACCAAACUAUAGGCCUUGUAGAUUAAAAAACUAAAUGAAAUUAAUAAUUUUCUAUUUUUUUUUUUUUUAUCAGGUAUACAUGAAAUAUUUUGUAAAUAUUGUUUUGUACGAUGUUUUAUUAU